AUAAUUUUCAUGAACAAAAAAAUUUCUGGUUCAAAAUCAAAAAACAGCUGCAAGUAACGAGAAUUGAGCAUAUGAACUAAUAAGAAUAUCCUGUUCUGUAAUCUCAAGACUUUUGUAUGAUUUUAUGUUUUAUGUAUUAAUAUGACAAUAACAUGUUUCUGUGGUUUGAGUAUUUGAUUUUGUGUUGGUGUUUAUCUUAAUCAAAUUAGAAGAGGGCAUUCAGAAAAUAUAUCAGCGUUCUAAGGAGAAGGAUAUAAUAUUUCGGUAUGUUUCAUAGUUUCUGCCAAGAUGUCGAAAAAUAAGUUAAAUUUAACACUUCCACCAGCUGCAAUUGAUCAGUCACCUGCAGUAGCCACAAUAAAUGCUGCAUUCAAUGAUACAAAUCAGAGUAACAAUUUUGUAAGAGGCUCUACUAUUGACCACUUAACAGCUAGACUUGAAGAUCUCGAUAUGGAUGAUAUACAGAGAAGAAGAAUAGAAUCAUUUCUUUUUCAAAAAGAAAAACUUGGUGUUGAUUUGGUAGAUGAUGAUUUUGAAAACCUUGGAGAAUUAGGAUCUGGUAAUGGUGGUGUUGUCACUAAAGUUUGUCACAAAAGUAGUGGCUUGAUUAUGGCUAGAAAAUUAAUCCACCUUGAAGUCAAACCAGCUAUAAAGAAACAAAUUAUAAGAGAGUUAAAAGUUUUACAUGAAUGCAAUUUUGCACAUAUAGUUGGAUUUUAUGGAGCAUUCUAUAUUGAUGGAGAAAUCAGUAUAUGUAUGGAGUAUAUGGAUGCUGGAUCUCUGGAUUUGAUUUUGAAAAAAGCAGGAAGAAUUCCAGAGAAUAUUUUGGGUAAAAUUACAGUUGCUGUUCUGAAAGGCUUGAGUUACUUGAGAGAUAAACAUUCAAUUAUGCAUAGAGAUGUUAAACCUAGUAACAUAUUGGUCAACAGUAGUGGUGAAAUCAAAAUUUGUGAUUUCGGAGUAUCAGGUCAACUUAUUGAUUCGAUGGCUAACUCUUUCGUAGGCACAAGAAGUUAUAUGUCUCCUGAAAGACUGCAAGGAACCCAUUAUUCUGUGCAGAGUGAUAUUUGGUCGCUUGGACUUUCUCUUGUUGAGAUGGCAAUUGGUAUGUACCCUAUUCCACCACCAGAUGCAAAGACCUUAGCUAAUAUUUUUGGACAAGGCAAUGAAAAUGAUUCUCCAGACCACACGAAACCACCAAGACCUAUGGCUAUAUUUGAGCUUCUAGAUUAUAUUGUAAAUGAACAACCUCCAAAAUUACCAGCUGGUAUAUUCAGUACUGAAUUCAAGGAUUUCGUUGAUAGAUGCCUUAGGAAGAAUCCUGAAGAAAGAGCAGAUCUGAAAACUUUAAUGAAUCAUGAAUGGAUAAAGAGGGCUGAAUCUGAAAAUGUUGAUAUUGCAGGUUGGGUAUGCAAAACAAUGGAGAUUAUCCCACCUAGUUCUUUGAACCGGAUUUGAGUGUUAAUGAUGUGUAUUAUUGAAAUUUUUGUACUGCCAUUAUUACAUGUAUGAUUUCAUGUUGUAACAAACUACUUAUACAUAUAUUUAGAGUACUGAAGAAUUGUUAAUGAAAAUAGAAUGAAUGUAACUAAUUUUUAUCUGGUCGUUGUUGAUAUUUUAUUGUGAUUUGGAUGAAUUUUUAUCGAAUUCUUCAAGAAUUCAGUUGUUCAAAAUUCAAGAAUAUGUCUGUUUAAUAUUGGAUAGUAAUUAAAUGUGAGCAAACUC